AUGCCUGCCACCACUGGCGGCAUCCCCUGGAAUCAGGAUGCCGAGUCGCUCUUCCGCUCAAACCCCAUCUCUGAGAUCCGUGCUGUGGAGGCCGCCACCCGGAAGCAAAUCCAGGCCAAGAGCGAGGAGCUCCGGCAGCUGGUCGGAAACCGCUACCGUGACCUCAUCGACUCUGCCGACUCCAUUGUCGCCAUGAAGUCAUCUUGCGAGUCCAUCUCCGCCAACAAUACUACAAUCCACAGCGCCAUCCUCCACUCUCUCUUCUCCCCCGACGCUAUCUCACAUUCCCCCGUGCACCUGCUGGGACCCGUGCUUACGGGAUGGCAAGCCGGAUCAAAGAACAUCUGGGGAUGCCUUGAUGAGUCAAUGUUCCUCGAGUCCUCUGCCCGUUACAUUCGGGCUAAGCUUGUGCACUCCAACCUGCUUGGAUCCAAGGAAAGCAAGAAAGUGCUUUCUAAUUUCCCUCUGCUUCAGCACCAGUGGCAGAUAGUCGAGGGCUUCAAGGCUCAGAUCUCGCAGAGGAGCCGCGAGCGGCUUCUGGACCAGACGAUUAGUCAUGGAAUAAGUGCUUAUGCAGAUGCCUUGGCUGCUGUGGCCAUCACGGACGAGGUCGAGCCAAAGCAGGUCUUGACUCUGUUUUUGGACUCGAGAAAAUCGAUCAUUUGGCAGAAGCUGAGUGCGUGCGGCCGUGAUGAGGGUGCGGCUAGUUCUGGAGUGAUCUCUGCCUUGUGUGAUGUCCUGAAGGUGAUUCAGAUCACAGUAUGUCAGGUGGGGGAAUUGUUCCUGCAGGUGUUGAAUGACAUGCCUUUGUUUUAUAAGACCAUUCUGGAUACCCCUCCGGCUUCCCAGUUGUUUGGGGGCAUACCCAACCCAGAUGAUGAGGUGAAGCUUUGGAAUCUGUUCAAGGAGAAGCUGGAGUCCAAUAUGGUGCUGUUGGGCCGGGAUUUUGUUUCCGUGACUUGUUCCGACUGGCUUAGGAAAUGCGGGAAGGAGAUCACGAGCAAGAUCGGUGGCAGGCACUUGAUUGAUGUGGUCAGGAGUGGUUUUGAACUUUCUAUGGCCGAGAAAUUGAUAAGGGAAACCAUGGACAGCAAACAGGUCUUGGAAGGUAGCUUGGAGUGGUUGAAGAGUGUUUUUGGCUCCGAGAUUGAGCUGCCGUGGAAAAGGACUCGUGAGCUUGUCUUGGGAGAGGACUCGGAUAUAUGGGACGAUAUCUUUGAGGAUGCUUUUGCUCAGAGGAUGAGAGGGAUUAUAGAUUCAAAAUUUGAGGAGUUGGAUAGAGUUGUUGAUGUGGUGGAGUCAGUUCGAUCAAUAUCUAAACCUCCUGGUGAUCAUGUUGUUUCUGAAGAUUACUUGAAUAGAUUUCAAAGUACUGGUGGGGUUUGGUUCAUGAAUCCCACUGGCAAAACCUCUAAGUUCUAUUCCUGGCACGAAAUUGCCCCCGUCUCAAGAAACACUUAUUUUGGCCCCGAAGCGAGCCGGAUAAAAGAUGCCGUGGAUAGUUGUUGUCAGGAUGUUCUUAAGGAUCUCCUCAGUUUCCUGGAGUCGCCAAACGCGCCACGUAGGUUGAGGGAUUUGGCGCCAUAUGUGCAAAACAAGUGCUCUGAAAGUCUGUCAGCCAUAUUAAAACAACUCAAGAGUGAACUUGACCACCUACACAGUGAUCUAGAAAAUGAGAGUAAAGAUGAAAAGUCCUCACUUUCUUCAGCUAUACUCGUCGAGCGAUCAUUAUUUAUUGGGAGACUUCUGUUUGCUUUUCAGAAGCACGCUAGAUAUAUAUCAGUGCUACUUGGUUCGCCUAGGUCAUGGGUGAGUGAAGCUUCGGCUGCUACUCCAUCCCCGAUUGGCUCGAAGAAUAUUAGGGUGGCCAGUGAACAAGAAAUGAUUGAUAGCCAUGGGAGCACGAAACAGGCUUCACUAGUGACUGGUGCACUAUUCGGAGCGGAUGACAGGUUAAGCCCACAUCUUGAAGAACUAAGGCAGACAACCCAAGAUCUUUGCAUCAUAGCUUACAAUCUAAAUCUGAAACGAGAUGAUGCCUUGUCAUCAACUGCUCCAGUCAGAGGUUGGGAAGAGACUGUAGUCAAGCCGCAAGAACAUUCAAGUGACGUCCAGUCAGAGAUGAAGAUAUCUCUUCCUUCGAUGCCUUCUCUAUACGUGACUUCAUUUUUGUUUUUUGCAUGUGAAGAGAUUCAUCGUGUCGGUGGACAUGUACUUGAUAAAGCAAUUCUGCAGAACUUUGCCACCAAGCUUUUUGAUAAGGUUCAUGGGAUUUAUGAUGACUUCCUGUCAGCUGAAGUUCUUAGGUCACAAGUGUCAGACAAAGGUGUUUUACAAGUAUUAUUUGAUUUAAAAUUUGCUUCUGAUAUCCUGUCUGGGGGCGAUUUCCAUGCAAAUAAGGAGGCAUCUGAAAUCACAAGCGUGAAAUCUCCUUAUAGAAGGAAGCAGAAAACAGAGUCACAAAAUUCAUUAAUAGGACAACGCACUAAGGAGUUAGUGAAUCGCCUUUCACAAAGGCUGGAUCCCAUAGAUUGUCUGACGUAUGAGCCAUAUCUUUGGAAGAACGAGAGACAGGCGUACCUUAGACAUGGUGUCCUCUUUGGUUUCUUUGUGCAACUUAAUAGAAUACAUACAGACUCUGUACAGAAGCUCCCCACUAACUCCGAAUCAAACAUCAUGCGUUGUUCUAUAGUGCCUCGAUUCAAGUACCUUCCCAUCAGUGCUCCAGCAUUAUCCAUGAGGAAUGCGGCCAGAACCUCUAUGUCGACAUCCGCGGAUGAUGCUUACUUGAGGAAUUCAUGGAAAAGUUACAAAAAUGACGAGAUGUCUCAAAGUUCUGAUGUUGAGGAUGACUCUAGUUUAGGGGUGGCUGCACAUUACGGCAGCUGGACUCCUUUCAUCCUUAACUGCCACCAGAUCAGAUUAUUAACUGGCCCAUCAGAAACAGUUCACUGGAUUACGCAGAGUAGCAGAUUUUCGGCUGCGGGUUUGCAUUCUAGAGGACACCGGAUAUGGGAAGCUGCAAUGGAUAAAUUGAUGUCUAAAGGCGCUAUUUUGACCAAGUGUUUCUAUUUCGCGGGCGGGCCUGUGAAAACUCUAUAUGUGCUGGGGGCUUAUAAAAGGCAAUGCCAUGAUUCCAACAGUCCUCCGGUGACCGGAAAUUCUCCGGCGACAGGUCACCGACGAGAACUUCAUCAUGAAGCACACCAUGUCGGACGUCCUGUCCAUGGCCAACGCCUGCUCGAGGACCAGCGGCUAGCAAUUCUUUAU